AUGGCGCUCUAUCCAUUGCCCACCGCCAUUAUACUCAACAGAACCACUCCUUUUGCUUGCCGCUUUUUCCCCAAACCUCUCUCUUCUUCCCUCUUCUCCGCCUCCGCCGCCGCCGUCUCCGCCGCGAUUACCGCAACCUUACCCCAACACCUUUCCUAUGGACCUUCCCUCUACAAAGGCCACAAAACUUCACACCAAAACUCAGAUGAAGAAAACUUCACUAGAGUCUUCGAUAUCACUGCUUUACGAGUCCCUGCAGAACAAUGUUUCUCACUCGAGAGUAGAUUACGCGGACACCUUUUAAAUUGGCCGCGCAUUCGUAACAUUGCUAGGGUUGCCGGUGACGAUAUUGAUGACGAAUUGAAGGAGUUUAUUGGAAAUGAUAUUAGUACUGAUGAUGAAACCCUAACAGUAUUGGAACGGAGAAUUUACGGGAAAGGUGAAGGUGAUGGGGAGAAAAUGUGUUCGGUGUUGUAUAGAGAUAAGCUUGCGAAGACUUUCAAUUCGAUAGGAUAUGUGAAGUUUGAGAAUUUGGCUAAAAUAUCGCGGCCGAAGAAGAAGAAAUGGAAGAGAGAGGAAAAAGAGGGAAAUGGAAGUGAGAGGAGAGGGUAUGGGAGAAGUGAUAUGUCAAUGGUGGAGGUGGUUGAAGAAGAGGGGAGUGGAGAUGAGGAUUUCAGUGGGUUAUUGGGUGAUGAUUUUAGAAGAAGAAAAUGGAGUGGAUCGACGAGGUUAUUGCUAUUGGAUGAGAGGUACGCGAACAAGGGGAUAGAGGAAAUGCCCGAGGCAAUUAAGGCAGUCCUCAAAGAACACAAUGAGGAAAGUACAAGAUUAAGUUUUGAAAUUGUGAGAUGCAAGUUGACAUUAUUAUACAAUUAUUGGCAAAUGAAUGAGGUCUUAGAGGUCUUGCUUCCACAAGGUAUGAUUGUUCCUUCAGCUUUUGAGACAGUUGGGCAUAUUGCCCAUCUAAACUUGAGAGAUGAGCAUUUCCCAUACAAGAAACUUAUUGCAAAGGUAGUUCUGGACAAGAACAAGCCGAAGAUACAAACAGUUGUCAAUAAAACUGAUGUCAUCCACAAUGACUACAGAACAAUGCAGCUCGAAGUUCUGGCAGGAAAUCAUUCUCUUGUUACUACUGUAGUCGAGAAUGGACUCUAUUUUGAUGUUGAUUUAGCAGCAGUAUAUUGGAAUUCUAGGCUGGCAACCGAAAGACAAAGGCUUCUUAGUUGCUUCACCAACAAUGAUGUUGUUUGUGAUGUUUUUGCUGGGGUGGGUCCCAUUGCAAUAUCUGCUGCGAAGAAGGUCAAAUAUGUAUACGCUAAUGAUUUGAACCCUAAUGCUGUUGAAUAUCUGGAGAGAAACUGUGUCCGUAACAAACUUGAGAGGAAGAUUGAGAUUUUUAACAUGGAUGGGAGGAGGUUCAUUGACAGCAUUUUUGCAAGUGAAAAAGCUAGGCCAAUUACUCAAGUAGUAAUGAAUUUGCCAAAUGAUGCUGCAGAAUUUCUUGAUUCUUUUAGAGGAAUUUUCAGAAAUAGGCACGCGGAUAAGCAAUUUACCUUGCCAAGGAUUCAUGUAUAUGGUUUUUCGAAAGCUCGGGAUCCUGAAUUCGAUUUUCAUGAGAAAAUCAGGAUUGCACUGUCUGAGGUGGCUUUUGAGGUACAGAUGCACAAGGUUCGCCUUGUUGCACCAGGAAAAUGGAUGUUAUGUGCAUCAUUUGUUCUACCUGAGACAGUGGCAUUUGCUAAAUAAACUCGGACAUUCAUGUAAGCAACAUGGGAAGAGAAAUAAAGCAAGGUGUAGAUGAAGGAGGGAGGGAAGUCCGUUG